GGAAGGAAGGAAGGGAAAGAAAGAAAGAAAAGAAAGAAAGAAAGAAAGAAAGAAGAAAAGAAAGAUAGAAGAAAAGAAAGAAAGAAGAAAAGAAAGAAAGAAGAAAAAGAGAAAGAAAAGGAAGGAAAGAAAGGGAAGAAGGAAAGAAAGGAAGGGAGGGAGGGAGAGAGGGAGGGAGAAAGAAGGGAAGAAAAGAAAAAAAAGGCUAAAGUAGACUGCAGUCAACUGUCACCCGAGCCGUGGACGGCAACAAGGCCCUGAGAGGAGCUGGGCGGCCAGAUGGGCAGGCCUUGCCCAGGCAUGCAGCUCGCCCCGAGACACACCCCCAUUUGUGUCCUUUAAGUGAUGCGUGCUGUGCACCCUCAGGCCCGGUCACCCUCUCUGGUCACCCUUUGCAAACCGCAGCCCCUGACCCCUCAGGGCAGAGCGGCCCUCGGUGACCCGCCACAGACAAAGACCCGAGUCUGUGAUGCUGGCUGCCGGCUGCCCUGUCCUUCCCUCCCCCACCCCAGCCCGGCUUUGUUUGGGGACCCUCUGGCGGGUCCCGGGGUGGCUGUUGGUGAGCCUUGCACACACCCCCUCCCAGCACGGCUGAGCCACAGAGGACAGAGGAAGGGCGCCUCCUCCCGCACAGGAUCUGGGCCAUCAGGGGCACCGGGAGGCAGCAGCGCCCCGCUGACUUCUCCUCCCGCAAAUGCUGGACCAGAGAGGGCAAGAGCCAAGGAUGCACAGCGAGCGGGAACCAGGCGGCCUCAGGUGGGACCAGGCGAGCACGGGGCCACCGGGCAUCCUGAGGCCGCGCCAGGUGGGCACCGAGCUACAGGUGCCAGACACCGAGGGACCCAGCGGAGGCGGGAAGUCACCCCAGCAGGGGAAACUGAGUCACGAGGGACACGGGGACUCCCCGAUUCCCUGGGGUGGAGACAAGAGCCCCAGAAGCAGAGCCGGGUCCAGCGUGCAGAGUGUCACAGCCGCGCUGCAGCGUGGAGACGGGUGCGGGUCCCCUCCCGUGACGGCCACCCCCCCCCCCAGGGCCCGCCCUCCCACAGCCCCGGAACAGGCCACGCGGCCACACCCGGCCCGGCUGCGGGCACCGCCUCCGGGGACUGGCACCUGGCCACAGCCCCCGGCGGCCCUGGGGACACGAUGUCACCUCCCUGGCGGGACCCGGCUGCCGAGCUCGCCAGCCAGCCGGGGCUCCCGCGACGGCUCGCUCGCUCUGAGCCCAAUUAGGAAGAGGCUCGGGCGAUCUCGGUGGAGGGCGCCGCUGCCCUCGGGGGGCUGGCGUGGGGGGGCCGUCCCCGGAAGAAAUGCAGUGUCAUGGUGAGGGUGUGUCCCCUCAUCCUCCCUGGGGGCCCAGGGGGGACAGGACGGGGCUCGGUGGGUCUCGUGCCGGCGGCGGGAGGGGCAGGAAGGCGGCCAGGG